CAGGAGAGCAGCCCCACCUCGAGGGUGGAUGUGGGUGAAUCGCCACUUUGCCCCGACAAGGCCGGCGUCUCUUCCCGCGAGUAUGGCACCUCGCUCAGCACGGCCAGGUCCCGACAAGAAGGGUCAGGCGAACUAGAACUUUGGCCAGCAGGAUCGUUCCCGGGUGCAUGGGAUACCACCGGAUUCGAAAAACCGGAUGGCUCCGAUGCCGCCGCAGCCGCAGGGGAGUCGCCAUCUGUCCCCGCAGGCCCGUCGAGCGCGGCGAUAGAGCCAUCGUCAGCGUUGCGCGCUUGGCCCACGGCUGUUGCCAGCUUAUCUUUCCUUUUCCCCUUUCCUUUUCUGGCUCGAUGACGAGGGUGAGGGGCCCCACGUUGGCCAGGCCACAGCAGCAUGCCGUUUCUGGUUGGAUCUAUGGGCGGUUGCGCCGCCGCACCGGGAGGGGCAGGCCACGCCGGAGCCAUGGCCACCCCAUCCACGUGGGAGGCGCGGUUGCCGACGCGCCAAUCGAGGUUGUCCAUAGCCAUGCCAUCGGCACGGCCGGUGGGCUGCGAGUCCAUGCGCCUACGCUUGCGGUCGUGGCGGCGCGCGGGCCCCGGGCCGUGGCUGUGCCCGGCGUCGUUGCCAUCAUCGGCGCCUUGAUCGCGACCAUGCCCCUCGUUUGGAGCCACGCUCGUAGGCCUGAUGAUCACAUCGCGGGAUAUCGCAGUGGAGAUGGGGUAGGUAAGCGUCCUGAUGAAAGGCGCAGCAGAGCCCAGGCGCGCGGGGACUUGCUCGACGAUCUCCAGAAUGGCGUUGCGACGGAUGUCGGCAGGAUUGUGCGUGCGCCCGGAAAGCCGGAACGUGGCGAGGUCGGCGCGGGAGCGAGUGUGGGGAUGGAGGCGCUCAAUCCAGCAGCUUUGUCCAAGGAUGUGCUCGGCAGUCGAGAGAUGCCACGCCUGGGCAGGAAUACCGCGGAGCUCGAGCUCGACGCUGUAUUCGAACUCGCCGUAGCCGGCAUGAGCGAGCUUACUCCAAGGGCGAAUCGAAAGGGAGAAGCGGGGAGAUCGGAUGAAGUGGUCGUCAUUGAGACGGUCCCUGGUGGCCUGAGAGCUGAAGAGGAUCAGGAAAUCCAUCAGGCUAUUUGGUCUGUUAUGCCUGUAUUGGAUUACAUUAUCUAUGAAGCCCGGAGAAAUCAUAUUAGGUUGAUUCUUUGCCUUGUCAACAACCUUGAUAACUUUGGAGGGAAGGCCCAAUAUGUUAAGUGGGCACAAGCAGCUGGAGCUAACUUGACGAAUUCAACUGAUUCUUUUUUCUAUGACCCAACCGUUAAGGGUUACUACAAGGAUUAUGUGAAGGCAAUAUUAACUAGAAGGAACUCUUACAGUGGAAUCAGAUACUCUGAUGAACCUGCUAUUUUUGCUUGGGAACUCAUGAAUGAGCCUAGGUGUGUGUCCAACUCAUCUGGUCCUCAUCUUCAGGCUUGGAUAGCAGAGAUGGCAGCGUAUGUCAAGAGUCUGGACGCUAAACAUCUUGUUGCAGUAGGAAUUGAAGGGUUUUAUGGCACUGGAAUAGCUGAGAGGCUGGGUUUUAAUCCUGGGGACUGGGCAGCUUCACUCUGCUCAGACUUCAUACAGAACUCGGCAGUUGAGAAUAUUGAUUUUGCAUCGGUGCAUGCUUACCCUGACAGCUGGCUACCAAAGGCAAGCAUGGAAGAAAAACUCAGAUACCUUUCCAGUUGGGUUGAUUCACACCUUAAUGACAGCGAACACAUCUUGAAAAAACCUGUUCUGUUCUCAGAAGUAGGUUACCUGCAGCAUGUAGAGGGCAACAGCACAGUUGAUAGAGAUAUUCUUCUAAGAGUUGUUUACGACAAAAUCUAUGAUUCAGCGAGGAAGCUUCAGGCAGGCGGGGGUGCUCUUAUUUGGCAGUUGAUGGUCGAAGGAACACACAUGUACCACGACGACUUCUCCCUGGUGGCACGCGAUCAUCCCUCGACUUAUAAGUUGAUAACGGAGCAGUCUUGUCGAUUGCAAAUGCUGUACGAGAAUGAUAGAGACCCUGACUGGCAAUGUGCGAUACAGCCCUAGGAAUUUUACUGCCAUUGAUGCCGGGAAAGCCUGCUUCAUCAAACAGAAACUCGUCUUCAGCGUUAUCUUGAACAAGACUGCCUAUAGAAGUGAACAGCUGACUGACAGGAUGCGUAUAGCAACAGAACGUUUGUAACUAGUGAUAGAUUAAUCAUCAAAUGCAAGUAGGUGGCGUUUGAAUUUGUCUGUGGUAAUUACCGUUUUUUCCUUUCGUCUGUCGGCCACCAAUGUGGUUGCUAGCAUUCUUUCCAUAGGUGCACGCAACUUGUUAGCUACUUUGUUUCUUGGCCACAUGAAUAGCAAGAAGAGUUUCAGAAAUAUCGGAUUUGCUUUAUGUGUUUUCAUGUUCUGUACAGUGCAAUUCAGUUUCAGAUUCGCG